AUGGCACGAAACGAAGAGAAACAGGUCACUCGCUUGAAUCGUCUGCUUCUACAACAACAAAGAGAGGAAGAAGAAAAGAAAAAUCCUAAAAGGCCAAAGCUUAAUACCUUGAAUUCCAUAGCUGAUAUACAGAAAUGGCUGCCCAGUUUGAAGAAGGACAUCGAUUUCUACCUGAUGCAAUCACAAGUGCCGUGCUACCCUGCACGGAAAAUAGAAGAAUUUUCACACGAAAUUGACAGAUUGAAGAGAGAAUACCAGGCAUUUGUCCGUAAGCUGAGACAGUUGGAUCCAAGUGUAAAGACAAUACCAUGGACAGAACGAGGCUACAGUGCCCGAAAAAGACCAGUAGAUUCAACAGUGGCAGAUGAUGUGACAUCAAUCAAAUUGCCAACAGUUGGCGAGUUCAAAACUACUGAUACCAGUGCCAGCAGAUCACCUGACAGGCAUGGAUAUGCAAAUGCUAGUCAUCAUGGAAAUAGUGCUCAAGCUUUUGUUCCCAUAGUUACGCCUAUUUUAGAAAAAGAAGAAAAUUUUCGAAACUUGUAUGGCUAUCAAGAUGCUCGCGCUAAAGUCACACUAGAUUUUCCACAGUUCGACUUGGAGGACAAACCACUCCAAUUCGCAGGAGUUUCAGAUCAGACUGUUUUCUCAGAGACAUGUCAGCCAAAGAAUAGUAAACUGGAAAUAAACAACCCCGCAAAGCCAGGCAAUGUGCAAUUGGAGAAUGCUGCCAGUGCGAAAAAAUGGGAAGUACAUGUAUCUUCUGGCCACUCCUCAAGUGUUGAAACAUUGAAGGGAGAUAACUCUCCUCAGAAAAAUUUUCUUUUAAACCUGGCAGAUAUGUAUGGUGGAUCAUCUUCAGAGUCUGAGGACUCCAGAGAAAGUUCAGUAAUCUGAGCAUGAUAAUUAUUAUAGACUGUUCUUUAUCACUUGACAAAGAUCCCAGCUAGAAAAUCAAAAGUUCUUGUAACCUUCAUGAAAUUGACUUGAUUUCUUGACUUUCUCAUUAUGAUGAUUAUUGUUCUGAUUGGUUGUCUUUUGCCUCUUUUGCUUGAAUAUUCAUAAAAAUUCUUAAAAUUCCCGUCCCUUAAACAGUCAAGAAGUUCAGGACUUUCUGUUAGCCAAGGAAAUGUGACCAUGUUAAAUUCUCACCAUAUUUAGUGAAACAAUUUGACUGACUGAUGUUAUAUGUUUAAAACAGAACUGGGCCUGUGAAGGCUGAGUGGUCUAGAAUAGCUAAAUUCAGAUUAAUAACUCCUGAAUAUGUUUGUAUGCUUGGGUUUUUAAGUCAUACUUAACAGUUUAUCAGUUACAUGACAACAAGGAGUGUAAAAUGUGUGUACAUAAUGAUAUACUUGGCCGUCCUGUGUCAGAGUCACUGCUGCCAAAGUGCUGCCACCAUUGAAGUAUGAUUAAGACACAAGAUGUGACAUCCCAACCAGACAUGUUUCCUUUUUUUUUCUUUGUAAGAAAUUGUUCAGAGCAGUUGGCAAGAUGAUGUGAUGUUCUUGUGUUUUCUCAGACUCUAACUUAGAAAUCCAGAGCCCACAUACUUCCAUUUCCUAAACUAAUCCAUUUUCAGGAAAGCAGAGACUAACUUCACAUAUAAGGGUAUGAGAGCAUGUCAAAUUUGGGCUUGGUCAACCAGGCAGCAAUUUUUGUAAAGAAAAAAAAAAUGUGCUCAAGUAGUUUUUGGCUGGAUUUUAACUAGUUCAUUGUAACUACCAUAACAUAUGUUUUUGACAUGUCUCCAUGGUAUUACAAUCAAGGUAGCCCCAGGACUACAGGUUGCAUUAUAUACAUGUGAUUGGUGAAGUUGGAUCUCAUAUGGCCUGUGGGUGAAUAGAGUGCACCCAUCCAGAACUAGAGCUAGUUUGAAUCUUCGCCUAGGUAAACUUUGUGAACCUUGCUCUACAACACAGAUUCUGUUUUGUCCAUUGAAAAUGGCCAUCACAACCCAAAUUGCAUAUUUUACUUAGAAAAGAAAAGUUUUAUUUUUUUUUUUUCAUUCAAAUUAUAAUGAUAAGGAUGAAAAUCGCUCGACACACACACACAGGCAACACACAAGCGCUAAAUCAUGACAUUUAACUAAACAUGUAUAAAAUGCACAUGUGUAACAGAUCUAAACAUAACACACAUUUAAGCACAAUGAUUUAUUAUGUUCAACAAAUGUUUGACAGCCAUCCAUCAAACGACAUCAAAAAUGUGCAACUUAAAACCCUUUAACAAAAACAACCUCUUAUACCCAAAACAUGUAGCCUAAAUUUCCUUUCCAAGGGUAUUUGUUGAUAUUUGGGAUAUAGUUGAAGUCAAAUUAGAAUUCCUGAUCAUCUAAUUGUGGACAACGAUUGCUGUGGCUGAACAGUACCACACAUUUAUAAAUUUAUAGCGUAGUGCCAUCCAGGGAAGUCGCCAAAACGGGUUAUUGUACGGAUCAGUUGUUUUAAGUACAUGUAUUCCAUUCUGAUUUAUUUAUUUAUUUAUCUGAUUGGUGUUUUACACCGUACUCAAGAAUAUUUCACUUAUACGACGGCGGCCAGCAUUAUGGUGGGAGGAAACCAGGCAGUGCCCAGGGGAAACCCACAACCAUCCGCAGGUUGCUGACGGACCUUCCCACGUGUUCAUCCUAAUGUUGAACCAUGUACUUAGCUGUAACUCAAUAGUACGGUAUUGUUCAGAGUUGUACAUGUGGGUGAAGAAUAAGACAAUGAAUUCGGUGUAGUAGACCUACCUGGGU